AUGGGCUGCCCAGCUUCCGAUUUAGCCCGUGUCUUCUGCUCGUGCCUUAGCGGAAAAGACAGGCAGGAGCACUGGGAGGAGCUGCUGGAAGAAUUCUAUAAUUAUUUGGAGGAGGAAAUUGAUGAUGGACGAAUGCCUUAUAGUCUGGAACAAGUCAGUUAUGAUGUUUGCUGUGCUAAAGAGACAACAUACAACUGCCCUGAGUAG